AUGCUGUUCCAGCAGCUUUCUGAACGAGUGAACCCAGCAGACCCUCACUCUGUGGAGAACCACAGCCUCGCCCUGAGGGCUUUCUUCAUCAUGGCCAAGUUAUACCAGGAUCAGAUGGUAUCCCUAUUACUAACCGCCAUGGAAUCCAGUGAUCCAGCCAAGAUGGAAUCAGCCCUUCAAGCGUUCACAGAUGUGUUCCAGGAAUUGCCUCAGACCAAGAAGCUGCAGCGCAUGGUACUGAAUUCAACCAUUCUGGUGAUUCAGGAGGACCUCAAACCAGUGCCGAAGUUCCUCGUGCACUUCAUUGAGAUACUGGGUCAGCAUAACUACUUGGCCUUGCCCCAGGGGAACACUCUAAUCAGCUAUAUCAUCAAGCUUGUGGAGACUGACUCAUCAAAUGAAGAGGACAUCCGAAUAAUGUGUUCCAGAAUCCUACAGAUGGUAUCUUUGCCCAAACUGGUCACGUUGGUGUGUGAGCCCAACAACACCUUGGCCUUUGUGCCUCUGUGUAAGGCAGCCACACAAAUGGCUCUGAAGGCCCGUUCCCUGGGACAGGUUCCUUACCUCAGCAGCUUUCACCAGGAUCCUACCGAAUACAUUUCCCCUCAGAGACUCCUGACCCAUCUUGUGAUGUGUUCCCGGAAGCCCUACAGGGAAAAGGAGUUUGGUACAAGCUCUCUGAGGCUACUAUCUGCCCUGCAUCCUAUCACUUCUCUGCAUCCUAUUAUAAACCACAGUGUUGGCCAGCUGUGGAGGAAGGUGAUCCCACAGAUGUUGGAGAUACUGGAUGAUCAUACUGAGAAGAGCCUGAAUCAGGAGGAGUGGGUGGACAGGCUGUUCCUGUUUUUGAGUCAGUCAUUAGUGGCUAUUGAUGAUGACCGCUGGCAGGAGCAACUCAUCAGAGUCAUCUUGGAGAGGAUCCGUUAUUUCAGUGAUGAUGGUGAUGAGAAGGCUUUUCUCUAUAAAUUCUUUGGCUUCGCCCUGUGGACCUCAAGAAGUGAGAAACUGGUGAAGAUGAUGCUCUCCGCCAUCCUUCAAACUUCCCAUGAAAACGUGCAGGAGAGGGAGGGCAUUGCUGUGGCAUUCAGCGUCGUGUCCAGGAAACAUCUGAGGACAGUCCUGGAGAAAUUGAAAGUGUAUAGUGCUGUACUCACUGACAAGGAGUCAUCGUCCAUCCUCACACUGGCAAAGGAACAUCAGCGAAGGGAAUGGGUACUUGUGUGUCACACCAUCUACUUAAGCUAUAGCAAGAUUAUUUUAGAGAGCAAGGGAGAUAUUUUCAUGCAUUUCGAUGCCGUGCUGGCCUUGAUCCUGCAACACUACCACAACUGCAUUUUGGAAAAGGAUAAGGACCUGAAGCUGGGUUACCUGAAUGCCCUCAUCAUACUGACAAAAACCCUGGGCAGGCAGCAGCACGUGGCCUUUCAAUUCAAGUUCCCCCACAAGCUAGCAAUUGUUACCUUCAUGCUGGACCUAAUCAAGGAGGAGCCAUUGAACUCCAUUUCCAGCCCUAUUAGACAGAAGGCAAUGAACGUCAUCAAUAACUUCAGGAUGCUCAGGCCCCUCUUAGAGAUAGAAGAAAGAGUAGAGCUCCUGGGAACAUGCUUCAAGAGUGUGUUCUGUCUGCCAUCCAUUGAAGUGUUACGAAAGGAGGCAUCUAGUCCCAAGGAGGGCCAGGCCAAUGUGGAUCUGUUUGAGGGGACCAUGGAAUCUCUCCUAAGACUAAUGGAGACACUUAUUGUGGAGAUGCCCACCCGGAUCCAGAACUGCUUGCAGAUUAUGGAUCCUUGGCUCAAUUCCAAGAAGGAUAACGAGCGGGAACGGGCCAUGUGGUGUGCUGCGCGUAUUCUGGAGUUUACAGCAAAAAUGGAGGACUUCAGUAUGGAAAUUGAAUUCACCCGGCUGGGGCGCUUGGUAAAGCUGCUGGCCAUGCGCUGCCAGGACCCAGUGGACAGCAUCUGCUUCCUGUCUGCCAAGGCUGUGUAUCACCUCUACUGUAUCCUCUUGAAGAAAAAGCAGAUGAAGAAGAAAAUACAAGGCUUGUGGAUAGAAGAGGACAUGGAUGAAGUGUAUAGUGCCAACUUGUUCUAUAACAACACCUUUGAAAUUGCCGAGGCCUUUGCAGAGUACUUCACCCAGAGCCAGCUCACCAACCUGGUGCUGACAGCCAUGGAGGAGCUGACGGGCAGCAGGGCUAAGGUGUCUCUGGCUGCAGCCCAGUUGAUGAGCGCUGUCAUGAAAAAGCGGGGCUCAGAUUUGAUAAAGGUUGAGGAAAUUGUGGUGGGCAUCCUGGAACGGCUCAAAUUGCAGCUGGAGCCCAACACAAAGGAGGAGACCCUUCGGGCCCUGUGCUUGCUGGCAGGCAACAGCACCCACAGCGUUGUGCCCCUGCUGCUCAACAGGCCCCUCCCUUGGGAUAGAACCAUUCUGGCCCUGUGGAAGGUGUUCGGCACCGAGCGAAAGACCACAAUCAAAGUCCUGCAGCUGCUGAUAGGCAUCCUGGAAAACCACUCCACAGAGGGCACGACGGAGAAAGCUCUAGAGCCCGUGAAGGCGGCGUGUGCCUUGUGUGAGAUGCUAUCCGGGACUCUGUGCCGGGAGGCCAUCCUGGAACUCUACCCCCGGCUAUUGCUGGCUGUGCUAUGUCAUCUCUUCUGGGUGAUUGAGCAAAAGACCCCCCAGAAUGUGGUAGUCUACAGGAAGGAUGGGGGCUCAGGCAAGACCUUGGACUCCACUAGUUGUGCCCUGGAGGUGGUGAAGCUUGUGUUCUUCGCAGCCGCAUACGAUGGAGUGGUGGUCUAUGCAGAUGAGCAUAAGUGCUGGGAUCAUCUGUCCUCCUCUAAAUUUUACUACAGAGGGAUCAUGGACCUGACAAGUGGCAUUGUGAAGAACUGUGAAGCAGUCAUGCUGCACCGAAUUCUGAAACUUGCCAAGACCUUCCUUGACAGCGGAGAUAAUCAUCGGAAGACCUUGGCCAGGGCCGUCUAUGCACAGCUCCUCUGGCAUCGAUCAGUGGCUCAGACUCUGGGACAAGACUUUGUGGGCAAUCUAAUCAAGUGGACCAAGGAGCCCAACCUCAUCAUGAAAGAAAUUGGACUCCGUGGAAUCAGUAACCUGGCACUGCAUCCAAGUCAAUCAGAGUCUGUCAAGAGCCUGUUUCCAUCCUUGCGAGACUUCCUGAAGAGUGAGGCACGGGUGACAGUUCAGGCAGUGAAGGCCCUACGGAACAUCAUCUACCAUGGGCAUGGAGAAGAGGUCAAGGCGAUGUUCUGCAGCAUCUCCAGGCAUCUGCGUCCACUCAUCAAUGAUGAGAGGGACCAGGUGAGGAUCAUAGCCAUCUCUUCCCUUGGGCACAUGCUACAUAGAGUCAACAAAUUCAAGCCAGGAUAUGCCAUCAAGAAACAUCUGUACAGUUUUUUAGUCCCGCUGCUGCUUAGCUUAGAGGACAACAACACCGAGGUGGUCAAGGCCUGUGGAGCAGCUCUGACUGAGUGGACGAAUGUGAUUGGCUGGUCAUCCUUCACACAGAUGUUUCAGCAUACCACCCUCAGUGAUCACAUGCAGGUGUUGGAAGAAACAUGCAACCAUUUGGUGAAUACAUGCAAAAGACAAUUAGUGGGGGAGUUACUGUUUCAGAGCUUCAGCUUCCUGAAGAGCUCUGAGUCCUCCGUACGGACAGCUGCCGUCCAUUUCAUAGCAUUAAUAGCUAAGAAGAUAAACCUGCAUUCCAUACAUGAGGACGAUGUGCAGCUGUUAAUAAAUGCUCUUGAAAGUUUGAAGAAUGAUCCUGUGGAAUCUAUCCAGAUUCUGGUGACUACUCUUCUUCAAAAUAUUGAGGAAUAUGUUAAUCCUGAGGACAGCUCUACUUCCAUUAUAAGUACUCGCUUCUUCCGAUUACGUGGCAGGAAAGCCCUAAAAAGAAAGAGGCACCUAUUUAAGACUGUCAGACGGAAAGGAGAUAAUGAUACUGAUCGGCCCAGGAAUUGGCUCCUAGGCCCUCUAAAUUUACUGUGGAACUGGUGCAAGGGAGGGUAAAAAAUACUCCCCUUAUAAUAGGCAACUUAGAAAAGUCAACACAGUCACAAGCACCAAAGUCUGAAAGUCUCCCUGAGGAAACUGAAUUGAUCCCCAAACAAGUUACUCCUGAGUCACUGUGAACAUUUAGAACUGGUGGCUAAAGCCUUUUCCAGUUGUUUAUUCGGAUGUCAGUGCUGGACUCUGCGUAGUCUCUCCCACCUUUUUUCCAACUGGAUAGGCGACUUGGGUUUAACCCCAAAUAGGUAGUUUUCAUCUUAGAAGAUAUAGUAUAUUCCUUGUUCUCUAUCUCCCCUAGGGUAUUGUUAGCUAUCAGUAUAUACAUUUGUAAAUAAACAUUA